CAUGGCGGACGUAAUGAUAGCGUUUCUGGAGCUGAACAGUUUGUUUUAGGGAGACUUGCCUACUGUUCAGUUUUUACUCCCGUAGAAAUAUUUAAGAUUACUUAUUUGAUGUUUGCUUACAUGGAGAGGCCAUUUUAAAUAGCUCAAAUGGAUCCUGAAGUUGCGAAUCGCCUCCACAAGGAAGGCGCGACCCUGAUAGUUUUGGACGUUCCCGAAGGCACCGAAUUCGGCAUUGAUUACUUUUCAUGGAACGUUGGUCCACGAUUUAAAGGAGUAAAAAUGGUUCCACCCGGGAUUCAUUUUAUAUACUACAGCGCAGUAGCUGGUGGAGGAGAAAGUGCUGCGAGAACGGGCCUAUUUCUAUUCACAAAGUGUCAAGAUAUCUUUGUUAUGAAAUGGGAUCCAAGCAGUGAGGAUGUGAUUCAAGUGGUUUGUAAUGAAGAAGAAUUAACAAGAUAUAGGCAAGGUUUACAAGAUUUGGAUUCUUUUCUUGGUCCCUAUCCUUAUGAACACUUGAAGAAAUGGGUCUCCUUGACCAGCCAUAUAACUAAAGAUUUACUAGAUAGACUUCAACCUGUAUGCAAAAAGAUUUCUUCAGCAACUGAGCUUCCCCAACAGCCAUUGCAUACAAGAGCAAAGCCUUCAAUGUGUGAGGACACCAUUUCUUCAUUUGCGCAUGAUCCAGAUUCUGUGAUAAGAUUUUCAGAGAUUCCCAAACAGAAGUUCCCAGAGGGUGCCUCUCCAGCAGAAAUUAGCAAACACAACAUGGACAAUAGUUAUGUUCUUGGUAACAUGAUCAGUGGCAUGAAAGACAGAAAGGAAAUUGUUGGUGAACUUCAGUUUGCCUUUGUGUGUUUCCUUGUUGGCCAAGUGUAUGAUGCAUUUGAACACUGGAAAAGACUUCUCAAUCUGCUGUGUAGUUGUGAUGAAGCUUUGUCAACUAACAGUGAGAUAUUUGAUGCCUUGAUAGGUGUGUUGCAUUUUCAAGUGCAAGAAAUUCCAAAAGAUUUCUUUGUGGACAUUGUGUCAACCAACAAUUUCCUUACCACAACAUUGCAGGUGUUUUUCUCCAACAUGGAGAGUUCGACGACUGCGGAUAAAAAGUUAGUGGACAAGGCGCGGCGAUUUCGGCUUCAUCUAACCAAACGAUUCAACUGGGAUUUUGAGAGCGAGCCGGAGGAGUUUGCACCAGUUGUGGUUGAAACAUGAUGUGUAAACACCGCUUGUACUGAAAUCGGUUCGGAGCUGGAUUACACUGGUGAAAAAUUUGUCAUCAGCAGUGAAUGUAAACUUUUUUUUUUCUUUGUUGGGCCGUCAGGAAAACCGUCAAAAGGUCACAAAGUCAUUCCCUUGUUUAUGUUAAAAACUAGAGGGUUCGCUGGUUUUCCAGGAAUAGCGAUUGGGACGGCAUAAGGUGUGUGCGUUGAAGAAGGGAAUCAUCUCGAUUGAACUACCGCAGUGCUUGCUAUUACAAACCUGCAUUGCCUAGCGCGCACACCUGCAGCCAGCGAGCUGUAGAUUUGCUCUAGAGGUAUUCGCGAUGGCAAAUAUACUAGACAACAAAGCGCUACCUGUUCAAUUUUCCCUGCGUGCCUGGCUGGCGUGCUCUGGAUAAAAAAAUCUCUCCCACUUCAAUGAGUGUCUGCGACAUGGCUACUGUUUAUAUGGAUAUUACUCGUGAUAUUUUUUUUUUUAACACAAAUCUGAACGCCAUCAUCAUAAAAUUCUGGCCGUGCUCUUACUGGCAAUAUCAGUCAAAAUUUAUACCUCUGAUUUAAGUGUUUAACUGUGAAGCGGUGUUCAUUCAAAGUAAUGAAACUUUCAACAGCCCACUUAAACGGCACGUGCCCUAAAAGAAGUAUGUCUGCUUUUUCUGUGAAUAGGAUUCUUUUAUUUCCUUUUCUCAUCUUAAACUAUGAUAGAUUCAAAACCGUGAUGAAGAAAGGAAUUAGUAAAUGAGACAACUAUUUUUUUUUUCUUUUUACCGCAAAAGUCAUCGUGUACCAUGAAAUUCCAGACCCAGUACUCUACAGUAUAGUGAAACUCUCAGUAAAAAAAAGCUCCACGUUCGACUGGA